AUGGGCUUGGCGAUUGUGUUGGUGGAGGCGCAGGCGGCACAUAUUUUCGCUGUGACGGUCAUAUGCCGGGACGUGGCUCAGAGUCCCAUAGACCUGCACAGCGCCGAAUAUCAAACCCGGCAGGACGGGCGUAAAAGAAUAGCGAUCGUCGGGGGAGGUAUCGCCGCAGCGUCGCCGGCUCACCCAUCGUACGCCGAUUAUGGCUACCCCCAACCUAUCGACCUUACCAUCUACGAGGUAGGUGCUCGGGUUGGCGGCCGCGUAAACUCGACUCUCGUCGACAACCUAGCCUAUACAUACGGGGGCUAUGUCGACACUGGUGCAAGCACAUUCUCUGCCAACGACUGGUGCUUGCAGACUGCGAUCGAUGACACAAGACUACGACGAGAGGUUAUCAAGGAGUGCCGUCAUAUCAGCGGCCUACAGCUGGCGUUUAGGAUGGCCAAACUUUCGUCCUACGUCGAGAUCGAGGUCUCAAGUCACGGACUCGGCUAGAGUAUGCUCGAGAUAUACUUAAGUACGGACUCUCGGCUCGGAAGCUACAGAAAUUCAUUCGUGAUAAGCUUCCACUUUUUCACAGUCUGUACAGCAACAAUCAAGGACCGAACCCAAAUCUGCCUGCUACCGUUCGGCGACUUGGCCUAGAGGAAGAAAGUGAAAAACCUCCCGAUGAAUAUUUGAUGGGGAACAGGGUUCCAAUAGAGAUGAUACACGACAGAAUUC